AGGGGGAAAGGGGGGAGGAAAAGGAAGGAAGAAAACGCGACUGAGAGACCGCAAGGCAACCAGCGGACGGUCAGAAGCACGCAGUCGCCCUCAAGCCCGCACUAGUCACUGAAGGUUAGUUGCAGCUCGAGUGCGUGCCCUCCCUCUCAGCGUACGUGUAUCCUUGCCCGUCAGGACCUGGCUCCGCCAUCUCCAUCCGCCUGGCCGGUAGGGAGUCUCGCCUCCUAUUCUUCGCUUUUUUUUUUGCCAUUUGAAAAAAGUGAAAUGUCAAGACGCAAAGUGGCAAAAGUGGCAAUCGGCGGAUGAAAAAGUUGCCUGUUCGCAUUCUCAUUGUUGUUUUUGCCUUUCGACAGACAUUUAGACGUGGACGACCGACCUGAUUUCGCGUUUGGGUCCGCUGGGUGAUUGAGCCCCCUACAUACGACUACACUGGCGGGCUAACUAAGCAAUGAAGGGGAUGUUGCAAACGGUGAAACGGAAGCUUAGCAACAACGGAGAGCACAUCGGUGCCAACUCGCCGGAUCGGAUGGACGUUGACGGAGCCCCCAAGGGCGCCAACGGCGUCGGCUCGCCUGUGGGCGACGUGGCACGCUCCGACGUGUCGCUGCCCAAGCGCGAGCGCCGCCGCUCCUUCAUGGCGCGCAAUCAGAAGAUCCAGGCGCUGAAGGACUUGCCACACCUGAAAGACACGUCGCUACAGCGGCGAGAGGCGUUGUUCCAGCAGAAGCUGGAGCUGUGCUCGGUCAUUUUCAAUUUUGACGACCCCACGUCGGACAAGCGGGGCAAGGAUUUGAAGCGCCAGACGCUACUGGAACUUGUAGAUUAUGUGAACAACCCCGGAGGCCAGAAGAUCUUCACGGAAACGUUGAUGCCGGAUAUUAUGGCGAUGGUAUCGGUCAAUAUUUGCCGUGCGUUGCCCCCGCAGACCGAAGACUUCGACCCGGAGGAGGACGAACCCGUGCUGGAAGCCUCGUGGCCACAUCUUCAAGUGGUGUAUGAAUUUUUCCUGCGCUUCAUCGUGUCGGGCGAGGUGAAUGCCAAGGUCGCCAAGAAGUACGUGGACCAGAAGUUCUGUCUGGCCAUCAUCGACCUGUUCGACAGCGAGGACCCGCGCGAACGGGAUUACCUCAAGACCAUCCUGCACCGCAUCUAUGGCAAGUUUAUGUCGCACCGAUCAUUCAUCCGCAAGGCCAUCAGCAACGUUUUCUAUCGAUUCGUCUACGAGACGGAGCGACACAACGGUAUCGGUGAACUCUUGGAGAUUCUCGGUAGUAUCAUCAAUGGCUUUGCCAUGCCGCUAAAGGCCGAACAUCUGCAGUUCCUGGUGCGUGCACUGGUGCCGCUGCACAAGCCCAAGUGCGUAUCAAUGUACCACCAGCAGCUCUCCUAUUGCAUCACGCAGUAUGUAGAAAAGGAUCCCGAGACGGCGGUGCCGAUUAUUCAAGGCAUCAUCAAGUUUUGGCCCUGGUCGUGCUCGUCCAAGCAGGUGAUCUUCCUGAACGAGUUGGAGGAGAUUCUGGAGCUGAUGGGGACGGAGCAGUUGCAACAGGUGCACAAGCCUUUGUUUAACGGGUUGGCCAAGUGGCUUGGUAGUCAGCAUUUUCAAGUUUCGGAGCGGUCGCUGUUCUUGUGGAACAAUGAGCACUUGGUGAACAAUGGAUGCUUGAGUAAGCAGCACGCGCACUUGAUCCUGCCGGUCAUUUACGGCCCUCUCCAUAGAAACUCACUGGGACACUGGAACACUACUGUCGAAGGACUCGCUCAGGUAUGCUUGCUGUGUUGUCGGGUUUUAUUUAUUAUCUAAGUUUUGUUGUGUUGUUUUUAGAAUGUGUUGAAGCUGUACAUGGACUAUGAUAUGGCGCUCUAUGACCAGUGUGCAAAGGAAUACUCGUUGAAGGAGCAAGCUAUGGCGGACACGAAGAACAAAGAGCAGGAGAAGUGGCGGAAAAUAGAGUCGAUGGCAGCGGCGAAGGCUCCUUCGUCAACGGCCUAGGGACACAAUAGCAGCGAAUGAUAACGAGUUGGACCAAGCGAAGGUUGACGAGUGGAGGAGGAGACGAAGGAGAGCGGGGCCAAUAAGAGGCUUGGAGUCGCACGCGCGAGGCUCUGACCUUUGCUUGCGACCCAUACAGCACUCCUCGCGCCGAGCGCGGGAGAACAGCACAUGAGAGGAGAUGGCAGGCAGAGUUAGGUUUUCAUGGUUUUCAUGAACGGCGAUUGCAUUUAGAUGACGGGCAUUCAGGUUUUGCAGGCGAGCGAUGCAAAUCUGGUGGACUAGUAUCUUUCUUUUUCAUUCGCUUUACGUAGUGUGCUGUCUUGAGCAGGUAGGAAAACAGGAAGCAAGCAUGAACCCGUUCGUUUGAUUCACUUUUCAUGUUGAAGCGCAAAUUUUGUGG